GAUAACUGCUUGCAUCUGUCAAAAUGGCUGAAACAGCGAUUGCAGCACGAGUCUGUGAAACUCCUGGUUGUGACCAAGCAGCAAAGCUUCAAUGUCCUACUUGUAUUAAGUUAAUGAUACAAGGAUCAUUUUUCUGUUCACAGGAAUGUUUUAAAGGAUUUUGGACAGAACACAAACAGGUGCACAAAAAAGCAAAGCAAGGUACAGAUGUAAAUAAUGAUUCCUAUAAUCCAUGGCCUGGAUUCAAGUAUACUGGACUAUUACGAGGUUACCCUGUGAGUUCAAAGAGAUCUGUCCCUGACCAUAUACCCAGACCAGAUUAUGCUGAACAUCCUGAAGGUGUACCUUUAACAGAAAGACAAAUGAGAGGGUCAACUAAUAUCAAAAUGCUUUCUGACGAGGAACAGGAGGGACUGAGAGUGGCUUGUAAGCUUGGGAGAGAGGUAAUAGAUAUAGCAGCUGAUACUAUACAUAUAGGAGUAACUACAGAGGAGAUUGAUAGAAUAGUACAUGAAGCCUGUAUAGAUAGAGAAUGUUAUCCAUCACCAUUAAAUUAUUACUGUUUUCCUAAAUCUUGUUGCACGUCUGUUAAUGAAGUAAUUUGCCAUGGAAUUCCAGAUGCUAGACCUUUAGAAAAUGGGGACAUUGUAAAUGUGGAUAUUACAACAUUUCACGGAGGUUUCCAUGGAGAUCUUAAUGAAACAUUUUUUGUUGGUGAAGUUUCAGAUAGUGCUAAAAAACUAGUCAAAACAACACAUGAAUGUCUGUCACAGGCUAUUGCUGAAGUAAAACCAGGAGUUAGAUACAGAGAUAUAGGAAAUAUUAUACAGAAACAUGCACAAGCUAAUGGUUUCUCUGUAGUAAGAAGUUACUGUGGGCAUGGAAUUCACCAGUUGUUUCACACAGCACCAAGUGUACCUCAUUACUCAAAGAACAAAGCUAUAGGUGUUAUGAAACCUGGCCAUUCAUUCACGAUAGAACCUAUGAUAUCUGAAGGAACCUGGAGAGAUGAAAUGUGGCCAGAUAACUGGACAGCUGUGACACAAGAUGGACGUCUCUCAGCACAGUUUGAACAUACAUUGUUAGUGACUGAUACAGGUGUAGAUGUUUUAACACAAAGACGAGAAAAUAAUGGUCAACCACAUUUCAUGGAUAAAAUAUGAAUGGUUUAAUAGCUUAGAUUUAACCCAAAAGCUUCCAUUCUGUGCAAGACAUGGGCAUUCAGAUUCAGAUGAUAUUUGAUAUGAUUUUGUUUCCUUAGUAAGGACAGAUCACUUUGAAUGGCAGAUAGCCUGAUUUUGUCUAACUAUUUUAACAGCUAAACAGAAGACCUAAUAUUUGUGAGAUAUAACAUGUAACCAAUAUACAUGUGUAAAAUAAGACCAUUUAUGACAUUUUUGUGUUUUAUUCAUUUGUUUCAUUGUUAAAUGAACUUUGAUGGUAAAUAAAUGUUUGUUAUUAAAUGAAGCUGGUUAUAACAUGCAAAUCAGACUCAAUUUUAUAUCAUUUUAUAAAGAAAAAUAUUAUUCUUUACAAUGGGAAAGUACUCAAGCUCUUACAUACCCAAGAAAUCUCACAGAAGCUGUUUGAUGUUGACAACAAUCUGAAAAUGUCUUUGUUUAUUAUAAUUGCCAUUAAAAAUAAUUGUGUAAGCUUUUUAUUUUGUUCCCAAUAACCAAAAUGUUUGAUAUAUAUAGUAAAAGUGCUUUCUAAAAAUUAGUUAGAAAUUUGAAAUGGAUUUUGAGUUUGAUGAUAUUGCAGUUUGUUCCUAGAGGGUUAGGUUGCUCUCAAUAAUUAAAAGAUAUUCAUGAAUAGCUUUAAAAGUAGGAAGGAUUUGAAUCUUGAGGUAUCUCACUACUUAUAGUUAUAAGGAGAAGUAUAAUA